CCUGCUUCUGUUUUGGAAAGUCAAACAUUUGUGAACAAGCUCAGCUCACAUGGAACAUGACUGAAAUGCCUACAAGGAGUGUAAGAGUGCAACUUGAUGGUGUGUCAGUGACCACAAUUGAACCAGCCCUUCAUGUAAUCCCUCCAGAUGCAGAUGCCAUCUUUGUCACUUCACCUGAUGAGGAGCGCCCUCUAUACUGGAGUGCUCCCAGGAAGUUCCUGGGUGAUAAGACCUUGUCUUACUAUGGCAAGCUUAAGUUUGUGAUCUACUUUGAAGAUCAAGACUCCCUGAACACACUCCCUAUCCCCAUAGUGGACCAUUCUGAGUACAGAAGAUUCCCACUUGUUCGUAUUACUGGGAAUUUCCGUGUAGUCCUGGACUACUUUGCUCCAUUAACUCCUGGAGUGGAGAAUGAGUUUGAGAUUUUUCUGAGAGAGGACCAGUGGACAGACCCCCUCCAGCCCAGCAAGCCAGUCACCAGAGAGAUGUUAAUGGUGGGACUGCAGAAUUUACAGAGCAUCAAGAUACGAGCAUCAGGGAAUUCUAAUCUCAAAUAUGCUGAGAUCCGUGGGUUGAGUCUGCAGCAUGCCACCAAUGCCAGUGCAGGAGAGGCUGCUCUGGGUGUGGAGAGGUGCCAGUGUCCACCUGAGUAUGCAGGACAUUCUUGUCAGGAUCCAGCCCCUGGCUACUUUCGUUUCUUCCCAUCCAGUAACCUUGAGGAGCCUGAGCUUAUCAAGCUGUUAGGAAUCAGCAAGCCCUGUGAGUGUCAUGGCCACAGUGACAUGUGCAAUAAGGAGACUGGAGUCUGCUUGAACUGUGCUCACAACACAGCAGGUGACCACUGUAAUACUUGUGCUGAAGGUUACUAUGGAAAUGCCACAUCAGGGCGAGAGGAUGCCUGUCAACCAUGUGGAUGUCCCAGACUGGAACCACAGAAUAAUUUCAGUCCCACCUGUGUGACCAAUGCCACAGCCGAUGGAUAUGUGUGUAAUGCCUGUCCAAGGGGAUAUGAAGGAGAUCAUUGUGAACGAUGUUCUGACUAUUUCUAUGGUGAUCCUACCAAGCUGGGUGGGGAAUGUGUACCAUGUGACUGCAGUGAGGAUGGUUCAUUGGACAAUCUUUGUGACAGGGAGAGUGGCCAGUGUAUCUGUCACCCUGGGGUACUGGGCAGGGCCUGUGACCAGUGUCAGCCUAGAUAUGCUGUUGUUAAUGGAAGAUGUAAAUCAUGUGAUGUUGGCUGUACCAGAGACUUAAUGGUGGCAGUAGAUGAGAUGGAGGUGAUGGUCAGAGGGGUCAACACGUCCACCAUGGUGGUGAUUCCAUGGGAGAGAUUCUUUGCCAUGGAGAACAAGACCCAGGUUCUUAGGGGCAAAUUGGAUGCUAUAAGGAAAGUCAAAGUGGGAGAUAUGGAGGUCAUUGUUAAAGAGCUUCAGGCCAAUGCCACCAAGUUAUAUACUCAGACUUCCAGUAUGGCAAAUGAUGCAAUGGGUUAUAGCAUGGUGGCAUCAAACCUAAGCAAAACUGCAGAUGGUAUGGAGAAAGAGAUCAGAGAGAUAAUAACUUCAGCCAGAGAUCUCCUAGACAACCUCCCAGAUGUACAUCAGUUGUCUGGUAAUGUCAACCUGACCUCAGUAAUGAUAAGGGCCCAGGACAUAAUGAAGAUGAUCAGAGAGAGGGAUUUCAAACCUAAUAUUGAGAAUGCUGAUAAUGAGUUAGAAUUGGCCAAGGCACUCAAGUCCAGUAUAAGUGACCUCCAGUCCAAGCUGACCAAUGUGACUGAUGCUGCCAUUAGCAUCCAGGAGCUGGCUGACCGAUUGAAUGAUCUUAUCAGCCUUGCAGAGCAAUCAGCCAAGGAUUCUAGAGCAGCUCUGGAGCUUAACCAGAAAAAUGAUGAACUGAUUAAAAAACUGCAG